CACACACACACACACACACACACACACACACACACUCAACCAGACAUAUACGCAAAAAGAGCUGAGCGAAGAGGGCGUGAGAAAAAAGCACAAGUAGAUGAUGCAACGAUACUGCAGACUACAUACGCCCCUGCGCGUCCAUUAUCUCUUUUGUAUAUCUUUCCAUCUUCCGCAAAUGAUGAUAGCUAG